AUUUGGUUUUGAAGACCCCUCGCUGAAUAACACAACAGCGCACCGUUAAUUCUACGGAUAAGCUAUACUCCUUCUAUUCACAACUCAAUCCACGAAGAAUCCAGCGCCGGAACAAGCUUCCACCCUUGACGUUAUAAAAGAAACCAACCUGGCCAUGGUUUAUUGAAUGGGACUAUGAAUAUGAAGUUCACAGGCUAUUCCAUUUCCCUUUCAUUUUCCCCUUUAGCUUCCAAUUUCAUCAAAAACACUCCCAGAUUACAGGCCACUAUAUCUCGAAGAAGCCCUAGAAAUUUAUGCAUUUCGAGGUUCUUUUGUUCCAAACAACAACAUGGGGCUGUUGCCAAACACUAUCUUCCUCCUUGGUUUAGUGUUGCUCCAAUGAUGGACUGGACGGACAAUCACUAUAGGACUCUCGCGCGCAUCAUAUCAAAGCAUGCUUGGCUGUAUACCGAGAUGCUUGCAGCCGAAACAAUUGUUCAUCAAAAGGAUAAUCUCGACAGAUUCUUGGCAUAUUCUCCGGAACAACAUCCCAUUGUGCUUCAAAUUGGAGGGAGCAAUGUAGAAAGUCUGGCAAAAGCAACUGAACUUGCUAAUGCUUAUUGCUAUGACGAGAUCAAUUUAAACUGUGGUUGCCCAAGUCCAAGAGUAGCUGGACAUGGGAGUUUUGGCGUGCGUCUUAUGCUUGACCCAAAGUUUGUUGCCGAGGCUAUGUCAGCAAUUGCUUCAAGUACAAAUGUACCUGUCAGUGUCAAAUGUCGAAUUGGUGUAGACGAUCAUGAUUCUUAUGAUGAACUGUGUGAUUUCAUAUUCAAGGUUUCUUCUUUAUCACCCACUAAACAUUUCAUAAUUCACUCAAGGAAGGCACUGCUCAAUGGCAUUAGCCCAGCUGAAAAUAGGAGUAUUCCUCCGCUAAAAUACGAAUACUUUUAUGGCCUUUUACGAGACUUUCCAGAUUUAACAUUCACAAUAAAUGGGGGUAUUACUAGUGUUGAUGAGGUCACAGCAGCUCGAGAAGCUGGGGCUCAUGGCGUUAUGAUUGGACGUGCAGCAUUCUAUAACCCUUGGAAUGUAUUGGGACAUGUUGAUACUGCAAUUUACGGUGCACCAAGUUGUGGUCUUACACGUCGUCAGGUUCUUGAAAAAUAUAUAGUCUAUGGGGACUCAAUGUUGGGAAAAUAUGGACAUAAGCCAAAUGUACGAGACAUUGUGAAGCCUUUACUCAAUCUUUUCCAUUCAGAACCUGGGAAUGGACAGUGGAAGCGCAACGCUGAUGCCGCUUUUCGAAAUUGCACGACAAUAGAAUCAUUUUUUGAAGAAACCCUUGAAGCAAUUCCUGACUCGGUAUUGGAUUUGCCUGUUUCAGAACCAUCUCCUGGCCGCACCGAUCUUUUUGCUAAUGUAGACAGUUUACUGCCUCCUCCAUACAAAACAAGAGAAGAGGCCAUUGUUAUAUGCGCAUAGGUUCCCUGACACUAAAAAAAAAGGGUCAAAUUAUAGUCAUCAGUACCAUUUUUGAGUGAAAUGAAGUGAUACAAGUACAACUCAUGUAACAGCUCACAUUAAUACAAGAAAAAUGAAUGUUCUAUUUUGUAAGUUAUUGACUUCCAAAUGUAAUCUAUUCAAUUCAAUUCGAUUUAUAAGAUAUAAGCAAAACUUAGUGAA